AGCCCGGCCCGGCCUAGCCCAGAGAUCCCCGGGGAGGUGGCUGCCCCCGCAGCCCGAGAGUGCCGCCGCCCUACUGUGCUCUCUCGCAGGUCGCCUCCUCGGGAGCCAGGGGUCUGGCCAUGCUGAGGAGAGGCUGCCGGGUGUCCGCGGGACUCUUCAGGGCCCCCCGCAUCGCGCCCGGACUCAGAUCUUCCACGGACGCCCUGGUCUCCAGAUUCUGCCCAGAGAAGACAGACUUGAAGGAUUAUGCCCUUCCCAAUGCCAGCUGGUGUCCAGACAUGCUCAGCCUGUACCAGGAGUUUCUGGAAAAGACCAACUCCAGAAGCUGGAUCAAACUGCCCUCCUUCAAGUCCAACAGAGACCACAUCCAAGGGCUGAAACUCCCAUCCGGCUUGGUGGCUGCCACAGACAAAGGUGACUGGCGCAUCUUUACCAGGUGCAUCCCAGUGGCAGGACAAGGCUACGAGUACGUCAUCUUUUUCCACCCAGCCGAGAAGAAGUCGGUCUGUCUUUUCCAACCAGGCCCUUACCUGGAGGGGGCUCCAGGGUUCGCCCACGGAGGGUCUCUGGCCGCGAUGAUGGACGAGACCUUUUCUAAAACUGCCUACCUGGCUGGGGAGGGGCUGUUCACGCUAAGCCUCAACAUCAGGUUCAAAAACCUGAUCCCCGUGGGGUCUCUGGCCGUCCUGAACGUCCAAGUGGAGAAGAUCGAGGACCAGAAGCUCUACAUGUCCUGUGUCGCCCAGAGCAGAGACCAGCAGACAGUCUUUGCCAAGUCCUCAGGUGUCUUCCUUCAGCUGCAGCUAGAAGAGUCAUCCCAGUAGUUGUCACCAUGCCUUAGUCAGAGACAACCCCGAUGGCCCUGUCUGUCUGGAGCCCACCACAAGCAAGAGGGUCCCCUGGGAAGCAAGUUCAGAGGCUGAUGAGAGGCCCCCUCUCUGCUUAAAUAAACUUUCGUUGCCCCCU